AUGACCCUCCACACUCAGGGCCUGGUUCACUGGCUCAAUGAAAAGGAAUGUGCAUUCUGCACCACUCCUGGUGUGAAGAGUGAUCGAGAGAGGUGUAGGCAUCCUCUCUGUACCUCUCCAUUUGACUUCACUGUACCUGGAGACCCACAGUCCACCCUCAAGGAGCUAGGUUGCAAGCACCGUCUGUCAAAGGUCUUGCAUUGCCUCCCCGCUCCUUUCCUGCAAUAUCGUUUCUGGAAGCAGCCACUGAUGGUUAUUCACCACUUGAAAGCGUGUCCUUACAGCCAAGCUUUAAGGAAAGCAUUUGCUUCUAGCCCAGAGAUCCAGCAGAUGGCUCAGGAGGACUUUAUCAUGCUCAACCUGGUGGGAAGUUUCAGUGAUGACAACACGGCGCCCGAUGGCCAUUACGUCCCUAGGAUCCUCUUUGUGGAUCUCUCAAUGACAGUUUGAGCUGAUCUAACCGGCAAAUAUGGGAGCAGGAUGUACGCUUAUGAACCAGGAGAUAUUUCGACCCGUGAGUGA